CGUCUUUGCGUCGUCACGUUCUCUCACUCUCAUCAAACAGCAGCAGCAGCAGCACAGAAGUUCGCUGCGUCUCUGGCGACAAUGGCGGGGGUGGCGACAAUGCCGGUGGCGGCAUCUAGCACGCGCUUCCUCUUGCUCAGUUUGCUGCUGCUGUCGUCGCCGGCGGUGGCGGUGGUGAGGGCGCGGGUGACGGCGCUGAUCGUGUUCGGCGACUCGACGGUGGACGCGGGGAACAACAACGCCGUGCCCACGGCGGUGCGGAGCAACUUCCCGCCCUACGGCCGGGACUUCCCGGGCGGCCGCGCCACGGGCCGCUUCUGCAACGGCCGCGUCGCCACCGACUUCUACUCCGAGGCGUUCGGUCUCCGGCCCUUCGUCCCGGCCUACCUCGACCCCGCCUACGGCAUGCGGGACUUCGCCGUCGGCGUCUGCUUCGCGUCCGCCGGCUCCGGCCUCGACGCUGCCACCGCCGGCGUCUUUUCAGUGAUACCCUUGUCGAAGCAAGUGGACUACUUCAGAGACUACAAAGCCCGGCUGGCGGAGCACCUCGGCGCGGCGGAGGCGAGGGCGGUGGUUGCUGACGCCGUCUUCGCCAUCAGCAUCGGCACCAACGACUUCAUUGAGAACUACUUCGCCCUCACGACGGCCCGCUUCCUGGAGUUCACCGUCGGCGACUACACCGACUUCCUCAUCGGCCUCGCCCGGAGCUUCCUGGUCGAGCUCUACGGCCUCGGCGCGCGCAAGAUCGGCUUCACCGGGCUCGGGGCCAUGGGCUGCCUCCCAAUCGAGCGGGGCCGCAGGGUGAUGCUCUGCAUCGAGGAGUACAAUGCCGCCGCGAGGUCGUUCAACGCCAAGCUCCGCGCCAUGGUCGAUGAGCUCACCGGCAGCCUUCCCGGCGCGCAGUUCCGGGUCGCCGAGGUGUACGACUUCUUCACCGGCAUCCUGCAGAACCCGUCAAGCUACGGGUUCGUGAAGGUGGCCAGGGGUUGCUGUGGCACAGGGUUGUACGAGAUGGGGUACACAUGCAGCGAGUGGGACGCGCUCACGUGCGCCGAUGCAAACCGGUACGUCUUCUGGGACGCCGUGCACCCGACGGAGCGGGCCAACAAGAUCAUCGCCGAGUACCUCAUGAACACAACCUUCAGCCAUUUCUUGUGAUCGUUUCUUCUUCUUAUAUACUCUAAGGUAAGCAAAACCAGGAAAUUCACGUCCCAGCUUGAUUCAUGUGCUACUUCUAGGCUUUUUUGUGCUUAGUUUGUUCUUCCUUUUUUUUUUGCGGGGUAGUGCUUAGUUUAUUCAGGGUGGCAAGCCAUACUCCCAUGAUUUGACGUAGUUCCAUUAUUUGUAGUAAUAAACUUUGUAAUGAUUGAUGUCAUUAAUUGUAUGCAUUUUUGCUAUGUAGAGACCAGAAGCAAUUAAAGCUUCCAUUUUAAAAAAA